CCAGAUCAGACCUCCGGCCAGCCGGGGUAACGAGAGCUCGGAGUCUCUGAACGAGACCGUCAAGACUUCGUUAGAGGUGGAGGCUACGGUGAACGACACGCUGAACGAAGACAAGUAUGAGAGAUCUCUCACCAGCUCUGAGGGCACCAACGUUAUGGGGAUGAUUGUCUUCUGUGUGGCGUUCGGUUCUCUGAUUGGUCGCAUGCCCCAGGGUAAACUGAUGGUUGACUUCUUCAUCAUUCUCAACGAUGUUGUUAUGAAGAUGGUGGAGCUGAUUAUGUGGUACUCUCCCUUCGGGAUCAUGAGUCUGGUUAUCGGACAAAUCAUGAGCAUCGAGGACCUGAGGGAGACGGCGCAGAUGCUUGGGCUCUAUAUGCUGACUGUGAUCGCUGGUCUCUUCGUCCACGCUGUUAUCACUCUCCCAGCGAUAUAUUUUGUCAUCACCAGAAAGAACCCGGCUGUGUUCUUCCGGGGUAUGGUGCAGGCUUGGAUCACGGCUCUAGGCACCGGCUCCAGCUCAGCAACGCUGCCCAUUACCUUCCGGUGCCUGGAGGAGAACAACAAGAUAGACAAACGGGUGACGAGGUUUGUGCUGCCGGUGGGUGCCACUAUCAACAUGGACGGCACGGCGCUCUACGAGGCUGUCGGCUCCAUCUUCAUCGCUCAGAUGUACGGCAUCCACCUGGGUCCUGGCCAACUUCUCACCGUCAGCCUAACGUCUACCUUGGCCAGUAUAGGCGCUGCUAGUAUUCCCAGCGCUGGUCUGGUCACCAUGCUCCUUGUCCUCACCGCUAUCGGUCUGCCCACAGAACACGCCUCACUUAUCUUCGCUGUAGACUGGAUCUUAGAUCGUGUCCGUACCUCCAUCAAUGUCCUGGGCGACGCUUUUGGCGCCGGUAUAGUAAUGCAUCUGUGCCGGGAGGAACUGGAACGCAUGGGACCAGCGCAACCUUCCAUUGAAAUGCUGGACAAGGUCGAGUGUGGGAUGAUCCCCACUCACACACCACUGGCUGCUUCCCCACAGCUCUCGCCCGUCUCUCCAAUGCGGGGCAUGCCCAAGGACCUCAUGCCCCUCACAGACAAGGGCAAUGGGCAGCUGUCGUGGGGACACCAUCCGGAGAGAAGUCCAACCUCAGAGACCCAGAUAUAGACAACACCGGAUCCGUGGUAACGGACGAUCCCGCAGUCGCAGCUGAGAUGAAACCGCGGACGUCUUCUUGGUGGUUCUUAGGGCAACUGGCAGUUUACGCCGUAUUGAACCCUACACUACCGGCUCCGUAAUGCAGUCGUAGUCAGGAUUUCAGUGUCCAUCCUAUGGCUACCAGAGUAUUGUAGAAAACGUGUAUUUAACCAUGAACUAUUGGUUCCGAGUAAGGGUGUAUGUACUGUAUGAUAAUGUGUUUGUAGAGGGAAUAACUGUAUAAUAAAUCAUUACAUGAAGUAUUUCUAAAAAUAAUACUGUUAUAUACAUGUCGCUAUUUAUAGCCUAAGUUUUGCCAAACAAGCCGAGUUCAUACAUAUUUUUCUAUAUUUCAUCGAGAAUUGGUUUGAACAUUACGAAAUAAAUAUAUUUCGAUGAUUUUAAAUAAUUCUAAGUACCCCUGACAGGUAGGGUUAAACAAUCACCAUUAAAUGUUAGAAAAGUCAGGUCAGGUUGUUAAGUUUUCUUUUUGUUAAAAAUUAAAAAAAAUGAUACUGUGUUAAUUGAUGUGCAUAUAUU